GGCGAGUUGUUGACGGAGUGAGAUGGGUAAACCUGUAAAGUUUAUUUAGCGACAGUAUUUGUGUCCUAUAUCAGAUACAGAUAACCUAUAUGCAUAUAAUUUGACAACGGGAAGGUUUUCCGAGUGUUCAAAAACUAAAGCAUUAGGUGUGCUCCUCUGUCCAUCGAAGCAGCUGCCAAAUCUAUUGGAACACACUGCUCAUUGUUUCUUCUGGAAUCGAGGACCCAGAGGAGUCUCAGACAGCAUCGCAGUGUUUUUCUGCGGGGAUAUGCAAACGUGAACUGUUUGUGCCGAAGGAGAUCGCAGGCCUUCGUGAGUCGGAGUCAGGUGUGUGACGCAACAGCUAUUUCAGUGUUGCACCGUUUUCCCCGUGCAUCUGGAGGAGAAGAGGAUCAAAGCUUCGCGUAAUCGUUUCUUGGCGCGACUUGGAGUGUUUCGCUGUAACACAACUGAGACAUGAUGGAUCGAGCAGCUCUCAGACUGAUUCUCUUGAGCGUCUUUCUCAUCUCAGCCAGUUCACAACCUGUUAAGAAGAAACAAGAUGUGGAUUUAUACAGCUUCUACAUUAACUCCACGGUCACCAGUCGCUACGCCACAACGGUCAUCACAAGCCGUGUGGCGAACACACUGAAUGAAUCUCAAGAGAUCCAGUUUGAGGUCAAGAUACCCAAGACUGCCUUCAUCAGCAAAUUCAGAAUGACCAUAGAGGGGAAGACAUAUGAUGGCGUGGUGAAGGAAAAACAGGAAGCUCAGCAGCAGUACAGUGAAGCAGUAUCUCGAGGACAAAGUGCUGGACUGAUCAAAUCUGUUGGAAGGACUUUAGAAGACUUUAAAACUUCAGUGUCGGUGGCUGCUUUUAGUAAAGUGACCUUUGAGUUGACCUACGAAGAACUGCUAAAGCGCCGCCUCGGCAAAUAUGAGUUACUCAUCAAUGCCCAACCGAUGCAGCCGGUGGCAGAUUUCAAGAUGGAUGUACACAUCCAAGAGAAACCAGGAAUUUCCUUCUUGGAGGUGAAAGGAGAUUUGAGCACCGGUGAUCUGGCCAAUGCCAUCAAAACCACCAGAGCAGACAAAGACGCAUGGGUGACCUUCUACCCCACUCGAGAUCAACAGACCAAGUGUAAAAGCUGUGGAGAAAAUGGGCUGAAUGGUGACCUGCUUAUAACAUAUGAUGUUGAGAGAUUAAAUCCUAAAGGAGAAGUCAUGGUAUCAAAUGGCUAUUUUGUCCACUACUUUGCACCCUCUGAUGUUCCACGUAUUCCCAAAAAUGUGGUGUUUAUCAUUGACCAGAGCGGUUCUAUGCGAGGCAGAAAAAUAGAUCAGACUCGUUUGGCACUGCUAAAGAUUUUAAGUGAUCUUGAUGAGGAUGACCACUUUGGAUUGAUCACCUUUGAUCAUUUAGUUCUUACAUGGAAGCAUGAACUCCUGAAAGCUACCAAGCAAAACCUGAAGAAAGCAAAAUCCUUUGUGAAGGAGAUCAGAGAGAGAGGAAACACAAACAUAAACGCUGCAGUUCUAGCAGGAGUGGACAUGAUCAAUCGACAUCCACAAGAGGGAACCACGUCCAUCCUGAUCCUGCUGACUGAUGGAGAUCCCACUUCAGGUGAAACUAACAUAGAGAGGAUAAUGGCCAAUGUGAAAAAGGCCAUUGGGCUGAAGUUUCCUCUCUAUUGUCUUGGUUUUGGACAUGAUGUUAACUUUGACUUCCUGACAAAGAUGUCACUGGAAAAUGGUGGAGUCGCUCGCAGGAUUUAUGAAGAUUCAGACGCUGAUCUACAGCUGCAGGGCUUCUAUGAUGAAGUUGCCGUCCCUCUCCUCACUGAUAUUCAACUUCAAUACACAGGAGGGACAAACCUUACCAAGACCAGCUUUAACCUGUACUUCAACGGCUCUGAGAUUGUGGUUUCAGGACAAAUCACAGACAACAGAGUGGAGAGUUUCAGCACUGAAGUCAUUGCAGUAUCAAAAGGCAAUAAUGUGACGUAUCAGGACACUGUAAUGAUAAAAGACCCCAGUGAUGUCCCACCUGAGAAUGAAGAUUUCAUGCAGAGACUGUGGGCCUACCUUACAGUGAAGCAACUUCUGGAAAGGCAGGUGCUUCUUAAAGGACAAGAGAAAGAGGAUGAAGAGAAAGAAGCUCUCAAACUCUCUCUUAAAUACCAGUUUGUCACCCCCCUCACCUCUAUGGUCGUCACUAAGCCACAGGAAGAUGAAGUGGAAGUUGCCGACAAACCCAAAGAGGGAAAAGAGGAUCCCAGACCUCCAGUAAUGGGUUUCCGUCCUUCAUCCCCUACAUCACCAAGAUUGCAUUACCAUUUAGGUCACCGUCAGCCCAGUCGGCCCCGUCUUUCCAGGAAGCGUGCUCGGAUUAGUGGACCUGUUCUGCUCAGUCAAAAUGUUCUGUUUGCUGCUCAUCCAGGGUUUAGUGAUGAAACACCAGCAAUUACACAGAUAAGUCAAAAACCAGUUCUCUCUACGAUGUCAGUUCCAAUAGUUCGUAGCAAUCGGUUCCUGCUGUCUGCUGCUGGUCAGUCUAAGCCUCUUUGUUUUGACAUUCCUCUUCCUCACAAACUCAAACUGCUACAGGAUUCUGCUUCAGAGUUCUCUAUGAAUGGAGAAUCCAUGACUAGACGAAAGGGAUUCAGUCAAAUUGCAUUUCAUUACAAAACAAACCAUCGCCUAACAAUAAACACAAGGUCUAUCAGUUACCACGAUGGCCAGAAUGAUGUUGAGUUUUUGUGGGGCCAGGAACCCACUCAACACAGUACAGAGGGCGUGUCUCUGAUUCUACGAAAUGGCAAUGAAAUGGACGUUACAAUGGGAAACAUGCGCAUUGUUAUUCUUCUUCACAAGAAAAAUGGUGACGUGUUUCUGUGGCCUGCUGUUCGGCAACAGCCAAAAGAUGUCAUUUUGAUGGGUAUUUUAGGAAAAGCUGAGGCUUCAUAUGAGCAGAUUCAAGGAUCACAAACACCAACUCUAAAGAUAAUGGACCAGGAAGUGAAGGUGAGCUGGGAGGAUGUCACAGACUACACACUUCCUUCAACUCCAGUUAUCAGAUGUUGGCUUGUCCCGUUCCAGGCUGUGAUGCAGGGAGACAUUUCUGAUUUCACUGUCACUCAGCUGUAGAGUUCAAAGUGGACAAAUUAUAAACUGGGAUAGAGCAUGUUUCUGUGUAAAACACUUGCUGAUGUUUGUUUUAAGUAUGUUUUCAGUCAUUGACAAUAGACUGUCUGUCUAUGUUCUAUCUAUAAAUUUUAUUGUAACCCUGUGAA